AGCAGUUUUAGCUCGUACCCGGAAAGGUUAGCACACGAUUGGUGCGUCGCGUUUAUUCCAUUUUGUGGAAAUCGUUUCAAAGGCAGAUUAGAAAGGAUUAACAGUGCAACGUUGAAUGUCCUUUCUCUUCCAUCUGAAUGCUGUUUUGUGGAAUAACAAAAUAGAAAUUUUGGUAGUCGCUGCAAUUUUCUGCUAGAGAAGGUUGUCGUCUUAACAAAUCGUACGGAAUUUUUGGACGACUGUCGCGCAAUUCACAAGCUUUGUGUUUUUGGUCCGACAAAUAGCAGGAGGCAAAGACAAGUUUUCUGCGUGAAGAGAACUUUUGGCAGGUUAAAACGGCGAAUGAGGAUUCCAUUAGAAGAUAGCAAAUUUGAAAGGAACACAAAAGGAAAGGAAAAAAGCUAUUUUCGGGGUGCAUUUUAUCUCUUAUUGCUGGUGUAAAUUUUCGCUUGUCAGAGAUCUGCUUUUUUACGUUUUUUUUUUUGUAUUUCGUGUGGUGCAGUUCGUAUGUGUGAGUACUAGAGCCAGUGCUUGUCAGUUUUGAUCGCGUUCGUGUUUGUUUUCGUCUAGCGUUUCGUGUCAAGUGUCAGUGCACUGUUGAUGUGUUGGUGUCCUACUGCAACUCAUCUAACAACAGUGUGGGCCCACAAAGGUAAAGGAAUAGGCACGUAUUGUACUGCUGCUGCUGCUCUCAGGAGGAAGAAGGAAAAUGUCGCCUUGUUUUGAAAAGUGAUUCUAUCGUUUCGGGUGAAGAAAGAAAGAAUUCCCAUCGUGCAUUUUGGUAGAUACGUGAAGUAAAGUUUCGUUCCAUAGUUUACGCAUCCCCGGUAGUGUGGUGUGAAUGAAAGUUCGCUACUCAAACUCGAAACCUUCCGACAGCGUUCCGUGUUAGGUUCGGUUUGCUUGAGGUAAAAGGGCAAAGUUCCACGACGAAAUCGCGAAAGUGAAACAAGUACCGCGACGCGGAAGGGUUUUUCGUAUCGAUUGUCGUGGCGAGUGUAGUGCUGUGUUUUGUUCGGUGUUUUCGGAAGGGUGACCAUUUCGGGGUGAGGCGUCAAAAUUUCCCAUUCACUGACGACGGAGGCUGCUGCUGAGUUCCGGUCUGGGAAGCCAGGAGCUCCGGUCCAACUCGAAACCAUAGGAUCACUCGAGGAAAAAAACGAAGUCAUUACGGAGACCAACGGAACGGCGAACGUCGUCGACAGUAUGGUGAAACGCACUGACGGCACCGAGUCUCCUGUGAUAAUAGAAGGCGACGCUGACACAGACAAACCCCGCGUAAAGUAUGGCGAACUAGUGAUAUUAGGAUAUAAUGGCUUUCUACCACAGGGCGACCGCGGCCGACGUCGGUCGAAAUUUGUGCUGUACAAACGGGGCGAAUCGAAUGGCGUCAAACGGUCCAAGCACUACAUCGUACAAUCACCUCAGACAUCACAGGCAAUACUCGACGCGAAGCAGCAUUCGAUUUCGUACACGCUGUCGCGGAAUCAGGCCGUCAUCGUGGAGUACAAAGAGGAUCACGACACGGAUAUGUUCCAGGUCGGUCGUUCGUCCGAGUCUCCCAUAGAUUUUGUCGUGAUGGAUACGCUGCCGGGGGACAAAAAAGACGCCAAAGUCCUACAAAGUACCAUAUCGAGAUUUGCCUGCCGAAUUUUGGUGGAUCGAACCGACGGGCACAAGGCAAGAAUAUAUGCAGCAGGAUUUGACUCGAGCAGAAAUAUUUUCUUAGGGGAAAAGGCCACCAAAUGGCAGGACAAUGUGGAAAUCGAUGGACUCACAACGAACGGGGUCCUCAUUAUGCACCCGAAGGGUCAGUUCUGCGGUGGAACAGCGGAGUGUGGUUUGUGGCGCGAGACAUCCGUCGGUGGAGAUGUGUUUAGUCUACGGGAAUGCCGAUCGGCUCAGCAGAAAGGCCAGCCAGUUUACGAGGAGACAAAUGCCCUACAGGACGGAACACUGAUCGAUCUCUGCGGUGCAACACUGCUGUGGCGAUCAGCCGAAGGGUUGCGACAUUCACCGACGAAGAAAGAUCUUGAAAAGCUAGUGGACGAAAUCAACGCUGGACGUCCGCAGUGUCCGGUCGGCCUCAAUACUUUAGUAAUUCCUAGAAAAGUGUCAUUAGGUGAACACGUGAAUCAGCCUUAUGUGUAUUUAAAUUGUGGCCAUGUACAAGGACAACACGGUUGGGGACAGGACAAGGCAUCGAACGCUCGCCGAUGUCCGAUGUGCUUGGAACUGGGUCCGGUAGUGACGCUCUGUAUGGGUGUGGAAAAUGCAUUUUACGUCGAUUCUGGACCACCAACCUACUGUUUCAAUCCGUGCGGUCACAUGGCAACGGAGAAAACCGUCAAAUAUUGGGCUAAUGUGGACAUACCUCACGGCACCAACGGUUUCCAGGCGGUGUGUCCAUUCUGCGCCACACCACUGCAAGGAUCUCCGGGCUACAUCAAACUUAUUUUCCAAGACAACCUAGACUAACCAGUGUCUGUCCCUCGUAUCGACAGUUUCCCACUCCCCAAAUCCUCCCUUCUAUCCCGCAGAACAGCAGUCCUUUUCUUCUAAAAAUCGAAAGAUACGCAAAAAAAAAAUCAACUGAUUCGCAUAUAGUUUGUAGCAUGUAAUUGUUAGUAUAUUUUUUAAUCUAAUUAUUUUUAAAUUAAUUAUCACAAAGCAAGCAACAAAAAAAAAACGAAAAAAAAAAUAUUUUAUAGCUAUGCCUCUGUUGAAAACAACAAAACCACGAUUGUAAAAGGAACGGAAUUUGUGCCGGUGUUGUGUUUUGUGUGAAUGCGGCAUACAACAAAAAAUGCAGAAAGGAAUAAGAAGGAUUACGUUAACGAUUUGUCGAAAUGAAAAAUGCGCCGUGGCAUGACGAGGAGGCCUCAACAGUAGCCAAGUUCGUUGUUCAGAAAAUGUUCUAGAUGCAAAAAAAAAAAACAAAACAAAAAAAAAAACAAAACCAAAAAAAUUAAAUACAACCGCUGAAAAUCAAGAGCAAAAGACAUUCACAGAAACUUUUUUCCUGUCUUUAGUCUCGAAACAAUACUGCAAAAAUCAAGUGUUUCUUUUCCUUAUAAGUACAGUGAAAGCAUCAAUGCCUCUGGCGGCAAACGUUGACCGUUUGUCGAUUGACCGAAUUGAUUAGGAGUCGUCACACCAUAACUCGGAUUGUAGGUAAAAAUCAGCUUAGUUCUGUUUGUGGAUGAGAAAUUGCAUUUUACGUACCUUAGUGAUGUUGACUGAUAAGUUUUUUUUGCUAUAUCAAAAUUUUUGGCAUAAGUUUUGUUUAGAUGAUUUUUUUUCUGUUUGAUUUCAUGUGUUACGAUAACGAGAAAGGAGUAGUGAUUGAAGCAUAGGAUAAAAGUUUACAUUUAAGUCGUAUAUUAUUUAAAUUUAUAUUGUGUAAAAAGUAUAUUAAGUAUAUGAAGUCUUAGCAAAAAGCGUGUGUGUGAUGUAAGAAAAACAAAAA